UACACACACAGAUAUAUUUAACAACGUCAGGGAGUCCUUAAUGCUGCUGAGGAGUGUGACAGCUCUUACGGAUGGAAAGCCGCAGAAUCAGCCCAACUGUGAUGUGGGGGUGGUGCUGAGAACAGCUCCGGCUCCAAAAGUCACAAACCCCUCUGUUGGAUACGCGAGGAGGAGCAGGAAGGACGCAGGGGAAACAAAAAAGAAGUGUCUCUCCAUUUUUAUUUUUAUUUACUUACCAUGAAGAGACAAAACGCCCGGACCCUCGCCCUCAUCAUCAGCAUCCUCACCUACCUGGUGGUGGGGGCGGCCGUGUUUGAGACCCUGGAGUCGAAGCAGGAGAAAAGCCACAAGAGGAAGCUGGACGCCAGGAAGCACGAACUCAUGCGUAAAUACAACUUAUCCAAAGGGGACUUCGAGGAGCUGGAGCACGUCGUCGUGCAGCUCAAACCGCACAAAGCCGGGGUGCAGUGGAAGUUUGCGGGGUCUUUUUACUUCGCCAUCACUGUGAUCACAACCAUAGGUUACGGCCACGCGGCUCCGAGCAGCGACUCGGGGAAAGUGUUCUGCAUGUUCUAUGCCCUCCUGGGGAUCCCGCUCACUCUAGUGAUGUUCCAGAGCCUGGGGGAGCGGAUCAACACCUUCGUCAGGUACCUGCUGCACCAGGCCAAGAAGUGCCUGGGCCUGCGCCAAACGGCCGUGUCCAUGGCCAACAUGGUGACCGUGGGCUUCUUCUCCUGCCUCAGCACGCUGUGUGUCGGGGCCGUGGCCUUCUCCCACUGCGAGGGGUGGAGCUUCCUGCACGCCUUCUACUUCUGCUUCAUCACGCUCACCACCAUCGGCUUCGGGGACUACGUGGCGCUGCAGAGGGAUGACGCGCUGCAGAACGACCCUCGCUACGUGGCCUUCUGCUUCGUCUACAUCCUCAUGGGGCUCACGGUGAUCGGAGCCUUCCUGAACCUGGUGGUGCUUCGCUUCCUCACCAUGAACACGGAGGACGAGCGACGGGACGCCAGGCAACGCGCGCUCGUUCCUGUCGGUAAACCCCGAGGAGAGGUGGCUCGACUGCUCCCCCUCUCGGCCUCCACCUCUUUAGCAGAAGAUGCCACCAAAGCGAAGGAUUUGAAAGGCGUCUACACCGAGGUGCUGCACUUCCAGACAAUAUGCUCCUGCUUGUGGUACAGGAGCAAGGAGAAGCUGCGGGGCUCCAUCCCUCAGGAGCUGAUGAUAUCGAAUCCCUACAUGCAGCAGAGCAGGAACUGUCCUCACUACGUGGAGCCGGGGUCCACGGGAUGUGUUUGUAGUCCACGUCAAUGCUCGAGCAUCAGCUCCAUAACUACAGGCCUGCACCUCUUAUCUCCAUUCAGGAUGUUUACGAGACGCAGCUCCGUUUAAAACUCUCGAUACAGCAGAUUUCAGCACAGAACAAUGUGUCUAGACUGCCAGAGAGCCGGCCUCACAGCAGAGACAAGACUGCUAGAUGUUUGUGGUGCUAUAAUCCCAGUAAACAGUAGGACAAGACAACUCAAAUAUCAGUUUGAGGAAGGGUUGCUAUGUUUGGAAGCAAUGAUGUGCAAAAAUGAAAGAACAUUUCUUAGUGCGAACAACGAAAGAAACAAACCAGGAAUGUAUUUGUAGAAAUGCGCACUUAUACUUAUAUAGUAAUGCACUGAAGAGGAGUUUCACAGGUUGAACGUGCAUGUACUAUAUAUGAGUUUCAUGGAGAAACUGACGGCAUGUUAUGCGAAAACGUUCAAAACUUGAAAGGGUUUGAAACGUUCAAUACUUUUAAUGUCAAAGGAUUAUUAUCAUAUGCACAAUAGCCACAGCGUUGUUGUUGUUGGCAAUGGAAAUCUGAAGUCCCAGACCCCGCUUAGAGUGCAGCAUACAAUAUACUGAAGACUUAAAAAGAAAAAAGACAAUAAAAUAGUCCAAAAUGCCAACGUAAAAGUCAACUAUUAACGUUUAAAAGUCAUGUUAAGUUUACACAUUUGCAGGUAACUACUCAAAGGAUUCUCUGAGUCUGUUUGCACAUCACUUCUUUGAAGGUAGAAGUAACCUGUGGGUGUUAACAAGUCGUGAAAUUAGACAUCUAUGCACACACACUGCAGACCACGAGGUGUUCAGGGUAAACAGGUGACAGCUGAACAGGUGCUGCAACAGGAACUAGAGGCGGAGUCAGUUGAGGAACUGCACAAUAAGAAAUGGAGAGAUAACAUCAUUUUACCUCACCUACUGGUCUUAAACGGGAAAAGUCUAGUUUGCAUUCGUUAUUUUUCUGGGACAAUUUUUAGGGCUCCGAUCAGAGUUGGUGGGGAAAAGACAACAACAUGGACAUUUCGCCCCUUUCCUGACGCAAUGCUAUGAAAUCAACAGGGAUUUGGAUAAUUAUUGUAUUGUAUUAACGUUCAAAACAUACAAUUAACAUGCUCUCCUCAAUGCAACCAGAGUCAAUUGACAGAAACAGUAAUUAAACCUCCAUGAUUGUCGUUAAACACACUAGAAUGACAAGAUAAAUCCAUCUUUAUUUAUAUUUCCACCCUUUAAUUCAUAGAGUUAAAUGUGAAAAGGAACAUGUUUGAAAUGCUCUUCUCAAAGCAACCAGACUCCAUUGGCAGAAACAAUAAUUUUAGAUUGCUGAUUGUUGUCAAACACACUUUAUUCAAACACAAAUGUGUCUCGUUUAGGGGAUUUAAUUGACAGAUGAGUUUCUCAACGAAGGGUCAUGCAAAAGUAUCAAUGUAGCUUGCGUUUAGCACAAUAUGGGCUCAUAGGUUUCUUGAAGAUAAGUCCUUCAGCUUAGAAAGAGGACUAAUUUACCCAAUAAAUUGACAAAGAAUCACAUGGUUUGAGAGUUUGAAAGAGAGACUAACUAACAGAUACAAAAUAACUGUUCAUUACCCUGAUUUAUGGUGCAUUUGUAAAACCUGAAAAACACAGAAAGACACACUUGUCUUCUGGCAAUGGAAAAGGAGUUUAUCGCCUAUUUUUAGCAGGUGUUAUGGUGUUUAAAAAAACUGCAUUCUUGCGCUAAUUUUGGAAGGAAAGGGUACAAGACUUCAGCUCUGCAGUAAAUUCCCAUUUAGUGUUUUUUUGUUAAUUAUCUCAGAUAUGCUGGUUUAACUCAGAGGUUAUAGUCACAUUAUUUGUGAUUGAUGCAGCACCAGUUUAGACUUUGUGGUUUAAUACAAGAUGAAACCAUAACAAAUCGUGAUUCUCAGAACUAUAUUAAAGCUGACACUCUGAUAGCUCAACGUGACUCAUAUUUCUGUGUAGCUGCCUCUGUUAUUGUGACUUUUCAGAGCUCUCUGCCCAAAAUUCUGGUGCAUCAAUCACAAACGCUGCAGCAUUAUGUAACUACACAAGUGGGAAAAGUUCAGAAAAAUCACGAUGACAUACCCCGAACACAGUAAAACUGCAUUAACACAGAAGCAGGAUGAUCACAAGUAGACACUCAGCGGCACUGACUGAAAAAAGCCCAACAUUAACAAAAACGGUUGGCUGCAGUGUGAGGGGUUUCUGUUCAUUUGUCCACCCCUGUUGCCCCCAGUUGUUCAUGUUGCAACACAGUCUCACGGCAUUUCGUGU